UUUGAGUGCUAAGUAAUUCUAGUGCUUAAAAACACAUUGAAUUAUUACAUUUAUAAACGAAAGGAAUAUGGCAAAUAUUAAUAACAUAUGGAAGAUGAUGGUUAGUUGUUGCAAUAAUAUUGCAACAGAACAAAUUUUAUAGUUAUUGUGUAAUUUGUUUGGUUUUAUUUUGAUUUCAUAAUUUUUUAUUGUAAUUUGCUUAUGUAUGUUGUUAUUAAAAGCGCGAAAUUGCAAAAAAUAAAAAAUUAAACUGAACUGAGAUAUAUUGAUUGUGAGUAUUUUACGACGUAACGUUAAAUGUCAAAUCGAGUAUCGACAUUAGCAAUAUUGGAAGAAUGAAAUGUAAUGUGUUUACGAAGUUUGCAAACAAGAAAUAAUUAUUUUGUACGAAAAUAUGGGGAUUAUAACGUCCUGUUGUAAGCCAUCAGCCUCAGAUGUGCUCACUCCAGACACAGAGACCAGACGUCGUCAGCAAGUCGAGGCUGCGGAACGGCGUCGGGCUCAAGAAGCCUCUCGAGGCGUUAAGGAUCCCGAACGUGUGAAGCGAAUGCAGCAACGCGCUGAGGAGAUGGAGCAACGCGAACAGGAGUUGGCUAAGCAGGGGGGAGCUACUCUGAAGUGGUCGGCUGAAUGAGAUCAGGCCCAAGGCACCAGCAGCCAGCCACCAAAUGAGAAAUACAAAUACAAGAACUGAGAACAUUCUUCGUUAUCUGUGGACCUACCACAGACAAUAAUGUCUAUCAAUGUAUAUUGUCUAUGCUAUGAGCUUACCAAUUUUUGGAUUCAACUCUUUACAAUCCCAUAAUAACACCCUAUGUAUUACUCUCUCGAUGUUUCUGUAUAUAAUGCAAGUUAAUUUAUUAAAAUGUAUAUUAUGAAUAAGGUGGAAAUCUUUUGAAUUAAGUUAAACAUUGUUGUAAGGCGUGUUAGUGUUUUGAAAUUAUAAUUAUUCACAAUUUUUCUUGCUUAAGUUGAUUGUUAUUAAAUAUUAAGAUUAUA